AUGGGAAUUCUCGCCACUUCGAUCACAAACGACUCCAUCAUUAGACCAGCGGGAUUCUAUGUUAUCGGAUUUACGCAUUUAAAGUUUGCUCAUUUGCAUGUACUUUUCCUCGGCUUCAUUUAUAUUGUAACGAUUUUGUUCAACUCCUUAUUAAUUUCCAUAAUAUGUAUAGAUCAUCGGCUGCACACUCCAAAGUACAUUGCGGUGGCAAAUUUAGGGAUUGUCGAUUUGAUGUGCAGUACAUCCUUUAUUCCUAGUACGAUCAAGACCGUUGUCACGAGAGAUACCUUCAUGUCCUACAAUGCAUGUUUGACACAGAACUUUUUCUAUUUCGGGGCUCUAUCACUAGAGUCAUUUUCCCUUAGUAUACUUGCCUAUGACAGGUUAAUUGCCAUAUGUUUCCCACUGAGACAUAAUACAAUCAACACUCCCACACGCAUGAUUAGUAUUUUAGCGGUUGUUUGGUCGUUUUGUGUGAGCGUAAUAGUGUUCUUGGUCGUGAUCUUAACAAAACUUUCUUUUUGUGAUUCACUCACUGUGUCCACAUUUAUGUGCGAGUACGCAACGGUGCACAGUCUUGCGUGCAAUGAUGAUACACUGCAAUGGGCCGUGGGCUCUUCUGUAAGUAUACUGUUUUUGUUUGUGCCACUUAGUUUAAUCGUCGCGUCAUACGGCUGUAUUUUGAAAGUCGUAUUUAAAAUGAAAAGUGUGGAGAGUAGGUACAAAGCACUUGCUACAUGCACAGAACAUCUGGUCGUAGUGGCGAUUUUCUACGUGCCGACCAUAACGCUGUACAUCAUUGAACUUUUCUUAUUCCUCGUCGAUCCAAACGUCAAAAUGGUGAAUUUAUCGUUAGCCUCAUGCAUACCUUCUUGUCUGAACCCCAUUGUGUAUUCACUGGCAACCAAAGAAAUCAGGAGCAGAAUACUGGCUAUGCUCCAGAAAGUCAAAGUUGCAGCGUGGGCGGGGCAGGCCUAG